UCAGCCAUUUUGAUUUCUCCUGUCUCUGACAGGCCGGUGGACCAAGAAUUAUUUCAAGAAAAUAAUUCUUCACCACGUAUUUGUCGCUAAAUUUGUGUUGAUGAAGUGAAAAGUGCAGUGCACAACAUGGCGCGAUACGGUCAGAGACCGGAGAAUGCCCUCAAACGGGCCAAUGAGUUUAUGGACUUGGACAAGCCAGCGAGAGCUCUAGAUACUCUGCAAGAAGUGUUCCGCAACAAGAAAUGGGCGUACAACUGGUCCGAGUCGGUCCUCGAACCGAUCAUGUUCAAGUACUUAGAGCUUUGCGUGGACUUGCGCAAGUCUCACAUAGCCAAGGAAGGCCUGUUUCAAUACAGAAAUAUGUUCCAGUCCGUCAAUGUUGGGUCCUUGGAACAAGUUAUAAGGGGUUAUCUCCGCAUGGCAGAAGAGAGAACGGAGGCGGCGCGUGCGCAGUCCACCCAGGCCGUGAUCGAGACAGAUGACCUGGAUAAUCUUGCUACUCCAGAGAGCAUCUUGCUUAGUGCUGUGUCUGGAGAGGAUGCUCAAGAUCGGUCUGACAGGACUAUACUUACACCAUGGGUGAAAUUCCUCUGGGAGUCAUACUGCCAGUGCCUUGAGCUCCUCCGUACCAAUGCUCACGUCGAGACCCUGUACCACGACAUCGCGCGCAUGGCAUUCCAGUUCUGUCUGAAGUACUCCCGUAAAACGGAAUUCAGGAAGCUAUGUGACAAGUUGAGGAAGCAUCUUGAAGAUAUUUGCAAGCCCACCGUGCAAACUGGAAAUGUCAGCAUCAGCAAGCCAGAAACACAACAACUCAACCUGGAAACCAGACUGUUCCAGCUGGACAGUGCUAUCCAGAUGGAAUUGUGGCAGGAAGCCUACAAAGCUAUUGAAGACAUCCACAACCUGAUGAACAUGUCUAAGAAGACACCAGUCGCUAAGACCAUGGCCAACUACUAUGGAAAGCUGGCUCUCGUCUUCUGGAAGGCCGGACACUGUCUGUUCCACGCUGCCGCCCUUCUGAAGCUCUUCCAACUCUCCAGAGAGAUGAAGAAGAAUAUUACUCAAGAGGAAUUGCAGAAGAUGGCAUGCCGUGUCCUGGUCGCCGUGCUCUCGGUCCCUCUGCCGUCCCUCCACCCGGAGUUCGACCGCUUCGUCGAAACUGACAAGAGCCCCGUCGAGAAGGCGCAGAGGCUGGCUGUAUUGCUCGGUCUAGCACAGCCGCCGACCAGGGCUAGCUUGUUGAAAGACGUGGUCCGUCUUAACGUGGUGGCCCUGGCUACGCCACAACUGCAGCAGCUGUACUCUUGGCUGGAGGUCGAAUUUGACCCCCUGACACUCUGCAACAACGUCAAGAGCGUCGUCAAGUCUCUGGAGGAGGAGCCCAACUCGCCGCUCGCACAAUACACGGUGGCCCUGAGCGACGUAGCCCUGGUCCGUCUCAUCCGUCAGGUAGCGCAGUGUUACGCCUGUAUCCAGUUCUCCCGCCUGCUGGAGCUGGCCAACUCCGAUGACCUGUUCCACCUGGAGAGACUCCUGGUCGACUGCGUCAGGCACAACGAUAUGCAGAUCAGAGUUGAUCAUGCUAACAAAUGUGUGCACUUUGGUGUGGAAGCUGGCGGUGGCGAAUGGUGCUCGACAGCCGAUGAAGCCUGUGGUGGGGCUAUUCUCCAACCCACUCCUGCUGAACAGGUCCGCGAGCAGCUGGUCCGCGCGGCGGAGGUGCUGUCGCGCGCGGCGGCCACGCUGUUCCCGGCGCGGCGCGCGGCGUCCCGCGAGCGCGCGCGCCAGCACAUGGUGCAGCACUACCACGAGCACAAGCACGCCGAGCACCACCGCGUGCUGCAGCGGCACAAGAUCAUCGAGGAGCGCAAGGAGUACAUCGAGCGCCUCAACUCCGUGCGCGAGGAGGAGGAGCUGCGCCGUCAAGAAGAAGUAUCCCGCGCGGCAGCAGCAGCCGAGGCCCGCCGUCUCGAGGCCGAGCGUGAGGAGCGCGAGCGCAAGCGCCACGAGAACGAGCUGGCCGCCAUGCGCGAGCGCCAUCUCAGGGAGAGGGUCGCGCACAUCAGCCAGACCGCGCACGGACAGAAGAUGCUCUCCAACAUCAACGAGGAGGAACUCAAGAAGAUGGACGCCGAAGCCAUCGCCCAACGUGAAGCUGAGGAGUUGAUGAAGGAACGCCGUGAGCUGCAGGCCAGACUCAAAUCACAAGAGAAGAAGGUUGACUACUUCGAGCGUGCCAAGCGUCUGGAGGAGAUUCCCUUACUACAGAAGAGCUUGGAGGAGAAACAGGUGCAGGACAAGGCGUUCUGGGAGCAACAGGAGAAGGAGCGCAUACAACAGCUGAUUGAGGCCCGCGCGCGCGACGUGACGACGGCGCAGCGCCUGUCGCGCAUGGCGGCGCACCGCGAGCAGUUCACCGUGAAGCUGCGCAGCGAGCGCGGCGCCGCCUACACGCAGCGCCUCGCCGACUUCAAGGACAAGCUGCAGGCCGAGCGGGAGAAGCGCCUCGCCGAGCGCCGCCAGCAGCGCCUCGAGAACAGGAGGCAGGAGUGGCUGGCCGAGAAGCACCGUGCAGAGGAGCGCGCUGCCGAAGAAGCCAGACGCAUCAGAGAGGAAGAAGAACGAAAGGAAAGGGAGGAACGCGAGAAGAAGCACCAGGAAGAGCUCGCUGCCGCCCGCGAGCGAAAGGAGAAGGAAGAGAGAGAACACCAAGAAAUGUUAGCCCGUGUCGAAGCCAAGGCUCGCGCUAAGGAAGCUGAAAUCCAACGCAAGCUGGAGGAACAAAAGACCCAGACCUCGUCCAGCUGGCGCGACGGUGUGGCCGCCAGGACCCCCGCGCGUGACGAUGGCUGGCGGGCUAAAGCCGCCGAGGCUAAGGAGGAGAAGAAACCUGGUGACACCUGGAGGACUGCCGGUCGCGCAGGCACCCGCGAGCCCCCUCGCGAGGAGAGGCCGCGCUCAGGCGAAAGACGCCCUCCCCGCGACGAGCGUCCCGCCCGCGACGAGCGUCCGCCCGCCAGGGAUGAGAGGCCGCUCAGGGAUGACAGUUCCCUUAGCAGGCGUGAGGAACGUCCCCGUGAGGAUCGGCCUAUUCGUGAGGAGCGCGGGCCGAGGGACGACAGAAGAGAUGACAGACCACGCGACGAGGGUGGCUGGAGGUCCGCCAACAGGGAGCCCGAGAGGGACAGGCCUCGCUACGGCGGCCGCUCCAGUGGCCCCGAGAGCGGCAGCUGGCGUCGUGGACCCGCAGAGCCCCCACCAGCACCUACUGAGCGCUCGUCAGCCUGGCGUUCCAAGGACGCCCCAUCCCGAGACGAUCGUUUCCGUGAAGGCCCCCGCGACCGCGACGGACCCCGUGACCGUGACGGCCCUCGUGAUCGUGACGGUCCCCGCGAUCGUGACGGGUUCCGCGACCGCGAUGGUCCCCGCGACCGUGACGGCCCGCGCGAUCGGUUCCCGCCCAGGAGGGAUGAUCGUGACGGUCCCCGCCGCGACGAUCGCGAUGGUCCCCGGCGGGACGACCGCGACGGCCCGCGCAGGGACGACCGCGAUGGUCCGCGCCGCGACGACAGGGACCGCGACGGGCCGCGCCGCGCGCCGCCGCGCAGGGAGGACAAACCCCGCGACCCGGACGGCGAUGAAUGGCAAUCAGUUACAAGGCGUUAAACACACAAAUGAUUUAUAUUACACACAUUUUAUACCAUUGUAUUCAUUUCUUUUUGUGUAUUGCGCAUUAUUCUGUCAACAGUUCAGCAGGUACCUUCAAAUUGUAAAUUACAUCUUUUGAUCGAAUUGAGAUAAAAGAACAUUUACUGAAAUGAAAGUGAAAAUCUUUGUUAUUUUUUUGUCACUAGGAUGUUUCGUCCUAGACAAUAUAUCAGCCGUGGGCAAACUGAUGACCAUCGUUUUGGUUCCGGCUGUUAUUCUUUUCAAAGAACAAACCAUUAUGUCAUAAGAAAGAACAUCAAGUUAAUUACAUAACAAAAAUAAAAACCUGGUUCAUUACCCCUGCUGAACUGUUUUACAAACUCUGACAUUUGUUUUAAAAACUGUAUCGCAUUAUAAUCCUUAUUGUGUACGCGAUAAGAACUUAUUCACAGUCACGAGAGGAUGCAAGACCGCGCCCUUUACGAACAAGUGACUUACAGAAAUCUUUUAAACUUUGUGACUAUGUUUUCAGUACUAUUAAACAGAUAGAUUUCUGUUUAUUAUUAUUUUUUUCAAAUAUAUUAUUUACUACA